AUGUCCGCAUUAUCUGACUACAGAGCCUCGUCGGGCUCCCUCACUUCGCCUUCCCCAUCCCCGCCCCCCGUGUCCCCGUCCAAGAAGUCCCCGUCCACAGCUAAAGCAGCAGGGCUCGACAGCAGCUCAGAGCUCUCAGAGCUCACAGAGGACGAACAGGACGGCAGCCGCGAGUCUCCCCACAGCGACACUCCUAAUCAGGAUGGCCGGCGCGUCCAGCGCAGAAAGCGCUCCGGCAUCGUUCCCGAGCCCAUGUGGGACUGGGCGUACAAGGCCAACGGUCGCAAGUCCAAUGACACGGACGAGCCCUCCUCCACCCAUUCCAGAAACUCAGCAGCCUCGAAUGCGGGCCACGCUCCUGAUGACAUCGCACGCGAUGAUAUCGAAAAGGACGAUGCUGAAGGCAGCCGGCCCUACACCUACCCGGCGCGUCGAGAGUCGGAUGACGACGACGACGCCGACGACUUUGACGAUGGUGGCGACCCGGACCAACCCGCAGACUCUGAACCUGAAAACGAUGGUGUCGAGCCUCCAUCCAAACCCGUCCCAGCUAUUGUGCCUCUCGCUAAGGCCGUCACCCGCGAGUCAUCCACCGCGCUCACAGAAGAUGAAGAACCAACAGCCGCACCCUACAGUGAUUACUCAAUGGAAUCCGAGGAAGAAGAAGAGCCUCGAGAAGAGGAGGACGAUGUCACUGGCGACGCUGGUGAGGAUGGCGAAGAAGGCGAGGAUGUUGAGGAUGAUUCCGAACCAGCCAAAAAUGUAGACACUGCACCCGUCGUCCCACUGGCACCAGCCAGCAGUUCCAUUAUGGCCGGCCAGCAAAUCAUAAAAACUCCCUCUCCGUCCCCAUCUACGUCUCCCGAGCCGGAAGACGAACCUGCGGAAGAGCCUGCAGGCGCCAUAACGGAAAAGGUGGUCAAAGCCGAGCCGGUCGAGCCGGAGACAGUCACUGUUGCAGGCCCGAAUGACGACGGCGCUGACAAUGCUGACCAGGUCGAACAAAAUGCAGAACGCGAUGCGGAUGUCGAAGCCGAAGUCGAGACCGAAGAAGCUGAGCUCGACCUGCAGCCUGCUCAUCGUGCUGAGGCUCUUGAUGUACUCGCGCAGAUCGAACUACGCUUCGCUCUCGUGAGAGAAGCAUUGUACGUUGAGAAGAUGGAAGAUCUGGCUGUGGAGGAAGCCUUGGUACUUCGAGGUCUCCAUCCUGAAAUGAUACAUCUCCAGAACGAGCUACAGACCCGGCAUGACACAAGGCUUGAACUCGCUGCAAAGAAGCGAAGCUAUGAGGAUGAGCACGUCACGCUCAUGCGCAAAAUGGAUGAGAAAAGUAUAUGGAGCUGGUGGAAGUUUGAGAGGAAUGACCUUCAAACGAAUAUGUUUGCAGACUCUAACAGGAAGAGACGAAGACUUGAACGGGAAAAACGUGCUUUGGAUCGUCCAUCGCUGCCGCAACGUAUCCCUCCACCACCUGCUGGCCGUGUACCCGCAAAGCCUUUAUCCGUCCGCGAGCUCGUCAAGUUUGCCUCUCUUGAUGCUGUCCAGGACCGUCCAAAGUUGAAACGCAAACGCAGAGAGCCAUUAGAUCAGAAUUAUGCAUACCCGUCUUUGUCUGUCCUGAGCCCACAAGAAAUCCAGACCGACCUACAGCUGCUUACCGCACCGCGUUCUCGAGCAUAUCACGGUCCCGUCAUGGGUGAGAUAGGGCCUGGUAUGAAUAUGCCGCCAUCCUUUGAUCAGCAUUAUAUAGAAUACAACGCGCCACCAGGGAUGGGUCCGCCUGGGCAUGGGCCUGCUUUCAUGCAUGGCUUACCAUCUGGCGCUAUGCCUGUACACCAUCCAUACGGCCCUCCACCUCCCGGGCGUGUCUAUCACCAGCCUGGCCCACCACCCAUGAGCAGCAUACAUCAUCCUGGAGUGCGCACGAUGCAAGGUCCAGGAGCACCACCAACAAUAAGUGCAUAUCCUCCACAUAGUACACGCCAACCAUUACGUUCACCGUCGCCUCCACCGAUGCAGGGUUAUGAACAUGGUGGACCCAUUAACGGUAGUCAGCUGUAUGGUGCGACAAGUGGACCUGGACAGCACUGGACCCAGGUCCCGCCGAGUGCCACCUCGAAUCCUAAUGGUGCUCCAGGUCCAUCAAAGCAGCCAAUGAUGAACGGUUAUGCAAAGGAGCACAGAAGAGAUAGAGAAGCAAAAAGCGAGAGAGAGAGGGAGAGAGAACGGGUAUGGCACGAGAAUAACGCGAAGGAUGCACAAGCUCAGGAUGAAUACGGACGUCUGCAUACACCACAUUUACAUCGGAAUAACCAUAUGCAUCAGCAGCUACAGGGUGUACCCCACCACCAUCAUGUCGUCCACCGACAAAAUACUCAUCAUCACCAUCACGCACCACCAGGACGGACUCCGUUGCAGCCUUCAGGACAGCGUCCCCUUGAUGUUGAUCAUGAGUUAUCGUCUAGGCACCCUCCACCAGCAGUUGAACAGAUCAAUUUGUUGCAGAAGCCGACUCCGUCGAGUCCAUACUGGAAACAAGAAGACGAACGUAUUCGAGAGGGCGAGCGCGAUCGUGAACGAGACCGGGAUCGUAGUAGAAAUGCACAUGUACCAUCGGGACCGCCUCCAAUGAGCCAACUCGGGCCGCCGCCUUCAGAUAGGGAGAGACCGUCGUUUGUGAUGACUCCCUCUCAGUUGAUUCAAGCUGGACACAACCCUCCGCGCUUGGAAGGAGGUGCUCCAUCUCGUCGUGAUCUUUGGGCGGAAGAACGACUCCGAUAUGAACAACCAGAUGGUUUUGGACAUGCUCCACAUAACGAUGGCCCAUCCCGACGCACGCAUCAUGUACAUUCGCGCCAAGGUUCAGGAUCGAAUGUACUCGGAUCUCCACGCAUGCGAAAUGGCAAUGGCUUGCCUCCCCAAAGCCCUCCUCCGUCAAUACCUUCACAACCAUCUGGGCCGGGGAUGGGACCGGCGCCUCCACCAGUGUUCACUCCUGGGCUCCUGCAUUCACCUUCCCGUCUGUCAACUUCACUACAUGCUUCCCCACGUGCGAGCGUUGGUGUGUCGACACCAAAGGGCGUAGGUACUCGCCCGGUCUCUCCCCUACCCGUCUCAUCAAAGGCACUGCCCGCCGCCUUUACUCCUGCCGGCCCUGGCACACCUGGAAAUACAGGAAGCCGUCUAGGUACACCUGGACUCGCAGGCCCCGGUACUCGUCCUGAUGCACCGUUGAGUGGACAUGGAUUAGGUCUUACGCAUGGACCAGGAAUUUAUCCCCCCAACGGUUCGACGGGUCUUGCAGGACCUGCACAGCCGCUUAUUCCUCCUGUGAGCGCAGAUGCGGGGCAUAUUGCGCCUCCGAAAAUGACUCCAGUGCAGCUAGGAAAUGGGUCGUGAUGUGGCAUUGUUAUGUUUCUUCUGAGUUCAUUAAUUACCUGCGAGUUCCUCUAUUGCGUAUCUCCUGAUCAUUACUUUUAUUUUCUGGAUUUCUGUCCUGGUGUUUAUACCUUUGUAUGAUUUAUCAACCAUACUACGUUGAAUUCGCUCCAUUCUCCCAAUCCGUAGCCCUCCCCCUUUAUUCCUUCUCACCAUACUCCUUUAUCUUCUUUUCUUAUGACUUGACUUUCCCC